GGCACAGCACUGGUGACUGGCCACCAGCUGGAUGCAGCACCGUUCACCACCACUCUCUGGGCCCGGCCAUCCAGUUUCAGCUUCAGAUUCAGGCUUCUGAAGGACGUUCAUUAUUCUCUGAAAAAUUAUGAAGUCCCAGAAGACAAUACUUCAGAGAAGAAAAUUGUUAAGGAAAGGCAAGAAGUGUUGACAAACAGUAAGCAGCAUCAUCUGUAUGUUAUACAUCCUGUGACCCAGAGAAGCAAAAAAGUACACAGAGUAGGUUCAACCACGUUCUUGAUUGGAAAGACACCCAAAGGAAUACGCAGGAGACAAUUUGAGGAAAUGGUAUCCCACUUUAAUGUGAAAUCAGUGAAAGACCUUGCAGAACAUAUCGUAAAAGCUACAUCAGAAACCAGGCAGAAGAUGUUGAAGGACUUCUAUGUUUCCAAGCAUCCAGACAUGGAAUCUUUCUUCUCACUUGAAAUACCUACAGAAACUUCACAUAACUGUGAGGAAAGAAAACUUGGUACAACACACUCCAGAAAAAGAAAAUCCAUUGUUAAUUUUGGACGAUCUAAGUCUAGACCUUCAUCAGCUAACAGACUACUUUUGAGUGGAACUACAGAAACGCAGACCCAGGAGAGCCAUAAAGGAGAAGCAGAACAGCUUCACAAGGACUCCUACUUGCAAGAUAUGUUUGUUGAUGCAAAAUAUAAACAAUCACCCAGUGUUGCUACUCAACAUAACCAAAGAAGAAACAGUCAGGCAUUCAAGGAUUUUAUGGCAUCUGGCUCAUUAAGCAGUAAAUCAGAAAUAAUUGAGGUGCUGCCUGUAAAAAGUUGUGAAGGACAGCAAGACUCAGAAGGAACACAGCUGCCAAAAAAAAGAUCCCUGUCUCAGUCAGAAAAUGUAGAGAGAAAAGCUCAGAUUUGCAAGAAAAAUUCUUUUAUGGACUUACUUGGAGAUACCUCUAUUCUUGAUGAAAUAUUCAGAAAUGAUGGAAAGGUAUCUACAGGAUCACCAAGGAGAUUCUCUUCAGGACAAGCAGAAAAAUCAAAGGGGAGACCAAAAGAUUUCUGGGAUAUGCUGAAUGAACAGAAUGAGGAGAGCCUCAGAAAGCUCACAGAUAUAACAGUCAUAGAGAAGCUUUGUGAAAGAGUCCCUCAUUCCACAGUGACAGGGGAGAGAGAAGUGUGUGAAAGUUCUCUUUGGAAAAGAAAUGAAACUUUUUUGUGGAAAAAAUACAGUGCAGAUGAUUGAGAUAAACCAUCCACUACUAAAUCUUGUAAUGUAGUAAAAUGGAAGUUUUCUAUGGAAGUUACACUAUAACUAUUUUAUUUGAACUUUGACAGCAUUAUGCCACAAAACAUGGUAAUUCCAUGAAAUUAAAGGUAAAAUGAUUAAUUCCUAUUUAUAGUGAUACAGAAUUGCAUUUUACAAGUGUGAUUAUGAA